AGAAUCCAGGAGUCUUCCUCUGCCUCAUAUCCUCGAUGGAGUGAUCUCCAAGUUUAGUGGAUUCGCACCCCUCUGCCAAUAUUUCUCAGCAUUGCUUAAGACUAGUUCUUAAUCUUAGAGCUAGUUUUUACAAGAGCUUCCCUGUCUUCAUAUUUUCUCACUUUAUUUCAUCGCAUUACCAGGUGUCUCUUAAAAGACAAACUCUUGGGAUAAAGUCCAACCCUUUCAGUAUAACAUUGAAAGCCCCUUAACAGUUCUCUCCAGCUAUCUUUUUAUUUGCAUCAAUUUUCUCAUAUACGUAUUUUCUCUUUUUUCCUGAUAUUUUAAAUGUUUUUAUACUCAACCUUUUAACUUUCUUAAGUGCUUUUUCCACCUUCCUAGCCAGUCCCCUCUGCCUUCUGAGUCUUGACCAUGUCCUUCUCGCCUUUUAGCCUUUCAGAGCCCUGCCCUAUGGAGCACUCUCCCAGCUGCUUAGUCCAUUUGGCUUCCAUUCCUGCACACCUCUCCCCUCCUCCAAACAAAAGAAACUGUAUUACCUGCUUUUUCCCACAGAACGUUCAUUCAUUUGUUAGGUAUUGUGGUUGUGUCCUUCCAGUUGUUCUGUGCCACUGCCUCCAGGGCAGGAGUUGUCCAGUCCACUGGAAUAGACCCUUAGAGUGUGUAGUAUCUGGCACAUUGUAGGAGCUUGGAAGAUACAGUUGAAUGAACGAUAAGUCCUGUGAGGUUUUUUAAUAAUUAGAGAUGAUUAGAGAGAUAGGUGCUCUGGACAUUAUCUCCAUUCCUUGGGGAAGAAGGUUGAAGACCUUCCCAAGCAGACUGUUCGCUGUUCUAUUGUUGAGUGGUGAUUUUUAAACCUUUAUUGAUAGCUUUUUCCAACUAACAUAGGAAGAGCUGCCUUCAUCCAAAUGAAAAUUCCUUCCUUCCAGCAUAGACACAUUCCAUCUUGUUCUCACUAGAGAACAGCUGCUCAAAGAAAAUGAACGGCACCCUGGACCACCCAGACCAACCGGAUCUUGAUGCUAUUAAGAUGUUUGUGGGCCAGGUCCCGAGGACCUGGUCUGAGAAGGACUUGAGGGAACUCUUUGAACAGUAUGGUGCUGUCUAUGAAAUCAACGUCCUAAGGGAUAGGAGCCAAAACCCUCCUCAGAGCAAAGGGUGCUGUUUUGUUACAUUUUACACCCGCAAAGCUGCGUUAGAAGCACAGAAUGCUCUUCACAACAUGAAGGUCCUCCCAGGGAUGCAUCAUCCUAUACAAAUGAAACCUGCUGACAGCGAGAAGAACAAUGCAGUGGAAGACAGGAAGCUGUUUAUUGGGAUGAUUUCCAAGAAGUGCACUGAAAAUGACAUCCGAGUCAUGUUCUCUUCAUUUGGACAGAUUGAAGAAUGUCGGAUAUUGCGGGGACCUGAUGGACUGAGCCGAGGUUGUGCAUUUGUGACUUUUACAACAAGAGCCAUGGCACAGACGGCUAUCAAGGCAAUGCACCAAGCACAGACCAUGGAGGGUUGCUCAUCCCCCAUGGUGGUAAAAUUUGCUGAUACACAGAAGGACAAAGAACAGAAGAGAAUGGCCCAGCAGCUCCAGCAGCAGAUGCAGCAGAUCAGCGCAGCAUCUGUGUGGGGAAAUCUUGCUGGUCUAAAUACUCUUGGACCCCAGUAUUUAGCACUUUAUUUGCAGCUCCUUCAGCAGACUGCCUCCUCUGGGAACCUCAACACCCUGAGCAGCCUCCACCCAAUGGGAGGGUUAAAUGCAAUGCAGUUACAGAAUUUGGCUGCCCUAGCUGCUGCAGCUAGCGCUGCUCAGAACACACCAAGUGGUACCAAUGCUCUCACUACAUCCAGCAGUCCCCUCAGCGUACUCACCAGUUCAGGGUCUUCACCGAGCUCCAGCAGCAGCAGCUCUGUCAACCCCAUUGCCUCCCUUGGAGCCUUGCAGACAUUAGCUGGAGCGACGGCAGGCCUCAACGUCAGCUCUCUGGCAGGGAUGGCUGCUUUAAAUGGGGGUCUGGGCAGCAGUGGCCUUUCCAAUGGCACUGGGAGCACCAUGGAGGCCCUCACGCAGGCCUACUCGGGGAUCCAGCAGUACGCCGCCGCGGCGCUGCCCACUCUCUACAACCAGAACCUGCUGACACAGCAGAGCAUCGGUGCUGCUGGCAGUCAGAAGGAAGGUCCAGAGGGAGCCAACCUGUUCAUCUACCACCUGCCCCAGGAGUUUGGAGAUCAGGACCUGCUGCAGAUGUUUAUGCCCUUUGGGAAUGUCGUGUCUGCCAAGGUUUUUAUAGACAAGCAGACAAACCUGAGCAAGUGUUUUGGUUUUGUAAGUUACGACAAUCCUGUUUCGGCUCAAGCUGCCAUCCAGUCCAUGAACGGCUUUCAGAUUGGCAUGAAGCGGCUCAAAGUGCAGCUCAAACGUUCGAAGAAUGACAGCAAGCCCUACUGAGCGUGCUCCCCUCAGACUGGAGUGAGAGGGUCUCUGAUUCCUGCCGUUUGUUCAUCGUUGUGCCUAAAGCAUGUCGAUGUGGCGUCAAGUACAUCGUCCAAAUCCCUGUCUCUUCAGCUUCUCUGAUGCUUGAACUCUCACCUUUGACCUUGUGUUGAUCUUUGAUGCUGAUGUGUAUUUUUAUUAUGUUUGUUUCUUUCUUUGUUUUUUCUUUUUUCUUUCCUUUUUUUUUUCUUUUGUGCUGCCAAAUUGGUUUUGCUAGAACGACUGCUGAAGGGGAAAUAUUUAAACUUGCAUUUGAAUAUAAAAAAAUCUAUUUUUCUAGAACUUCAUAAGAUAACCACUUGAUUUUGUGAUUCCAAUUCUUUGUAAUUGUCUUCAGAGCAGCCCUACUAGCACAUACCGCGUGGUGUUUGUAUUUCUGUGAACACACAGCCAGUCCGUUUCUAGGCUUUGUUUCUGUGUGCUUAGUUUUAAAGACAACUUUGAAGUAAACAAUGAAAUAAAAGAUGUCACUGAAACCUUUGAGGCUCCUGAGCACAUUUUGCUGAUAUAGUUUGUGGGGCUUGAGGAGACCGCAUGUGUUCUUAUUUUUGUUUUUCUGAGUUCUCAACUGCAGAAAACACCCGAACCCCUUUCCUUUUUGACAGCAAGCUGCAGUUCGGGCCGCCAGCCCUUUUCCUUGGGAGGGUCUCCCCUGCAGGCGCCUUUGGGCCCCUCGCCCCCUCCCUCCAGGCUUGUUCCUACAGUCUCCACAGCAAAAUGUGAUGCUUUGGGGGUUUUUUUGUUUUGUUUUGUUUUGUUUUGUUUUUGUACUGUUUUUGUGCUUUUGUUUGGAAUUUUUUCCUUUCCUACUAAGAUGAUACCCAGAAAAAAACAAGUUUUGCAUGUUUCCUGCUGUUUCUUCACACCUUCUUAUAUAUCACCUUCACCUCUCUGUUUUCUAUAGUUUGUGCAAAAACUGACCGAUUUAAAAGGGUUUCAAAGAAGCUGUUUUAAAUUGUUGUGGGGUUAUUUUUUCAAGAUUGUAUUGUUUUAUUUUGAAGUGGCAACUUUCUCCUCUGUUGCCCUUAGAGCGUUUGCCUGUGCACUUAGACUGUCACCUCAUGUGGCCUCCCGGCCUCGGCAGGGCCUCCGGGGGGCUGGCUGCCCUGCUCAGAGAUGGGUUGGGAGGGCGCCAGGAGAGGCACGAGGAACAGAGGUAGAAUCCAGAAGGCGGCUGCGGGUGGGCAGGAGGCUUAGCGCAUCAAGGGCAGUGAGCGCCCCUCGGCCCGGAGGGAGGAGGGUGCUCUCCACCAGUCGGGGGAGGCCAUCUGUGCACUAAGUGGCGACAUACCUGCCAGCGUUUUUCCUAGGUGACAAGCACAAUACUACAGUCUUCACACUGUUUACAGCCCUGGCCACCAGCUACCCCACACUGGCUCUCCCCCACAACUCUGCUCUUAGCUAGUGGGAUGGGGUAAGGGCGGGGAUUUGUUUUGUAAAACUGGGUGAAGAGCCAAAUAGCUACUGUCCCUGGGUGCCAGGCACGCCAGUUCCUUGGCUCCCUGAAAGGAACUUGCCCUCCUCUCUGGCACCAUCCGCCCCCAGGGUCUAGGGGCCUGAGUGAGAAUGUGAAUGGCGAGGGAGAGCCUAGAGGAGGUGAGAGGUCACGGGUGGGUCUGUGGAGGUGUGAGGCUGCCGAGGGAGGAGUCCGAGCGACCCCAGCCAGAGAGCUAGGCUGCUGGUGGGGCGGACGAGCUGGGA